AUGAUAACACCUCUCUCCCUCUCUUGUCGGCCUUUGCGCCUGGUCCAGCCUGCGAGAUCUUCAUACAUUACUUCGCGGCUAUAUUCAAGUCGCCCAGGAGGCCGUCCUCUUCCUCUUGCUGGCGUGACGGUAGUCAGUCUUGAACAGGCCAUCGCAGCGCCCUUUUGCACAAGACAACUUGCCGAUCUAGGAGCACGUGUCAUCAAAGUUGAACGACCUGGUGUCGGCGAUUUUGCCAGGCAAUAUGAUACACGAGUCUCUGGACUAGCAUCACAUUUUGUGUGGACCAACCGCAGCAAGGAGAGCUUAGCAUUGGAUCUCAAAGAUAAUAAUGAUCAUGCCGUUCUCAUGAAACUCCUUGGCAAGGCCGACGUUCUUGUCCAGAAUCUGGCCCCAGGCGCCAGUGCCCGACUAGGUCUAUCUCAUGAGAGUUUGAAAGAAAAGCACCCCGGUCUGAUUGUUUGUGAUAUCAGUGGGUACGGCCAAAAUGGCCCGUACAUGAAGAAAAAAGCGUACGAUCUCCUCAUCCAGAGCGAAGCAGGUAUGCUGUCCGUGACUGGCACCGGAAAGGAGCCCGCGAAAGUGGGAAUUAGUAUUGCGGAUAUUUCAGCGGGAAUGUAUGCCUACAGCAAUAUUCUUUCAGCCCUUCUACAGCGUGGGAAGGAUGGUCUGGGUUGCCAUAUUGAUAUUUCUAUGCUCGAGAGCAUGGUGGAAUGGAUGGGUUUCCCGAUGUACUACGCUUUUGAGGGUGCACCCGGUCCGGUACCGGCAGGAGCUUCACAUGCCGCAAUUUAUCCUUAUGGUCCAUUCGAAACCGGAGAUGGAUCCGUCAUGCUUGGCAUUCAAAAUGAACGCGAAUGGCAAAGCUUUUGCACAGCAGUCCUCUUACAACCCGAUCUGGCCACCGAUUCGCGCUUCUCGAGCAACUCUAUGCGUGUUCAAAAUCGGGAUGACCUCAAGAAUGCCAUUGAAGAUGUCUUCUCAAAAUUAACAUCGGAAAACACUAUUGCUCGGUUGGAAGAAGCGUCAAUUGCCAAUGCCAAUGUCAAUGAUAUGCAGAAUGUAUGGGAGCAUGCUCAGCUCAAAGCCCGGGAUCGUUGGACUCAAGUGCAGACUUCUGCCGGUUUUGUUCCAGCUCUUCUGCCUCCUGGGUCAACUCAAUCGGCCAUGGGCCCGGUUCCAAAGGUCGGAGAACACAAUGAGGUCAUACUUGCGGAGUUGGGCCUGGCUUGA